AUGACCGAAUCACGCCCCCCUAAGUGCGUUCGCUCCCUUGGUUCACUUCUACACGUUACUUACAAACCCUACAGAACCGCCGGACAAGCCCUUCAAACUCACGUUGAGCUCGAGGAUUGGGUCGUUCAACAUGGAGGCCGCCUCGAUGACACCGUUCAAUUCGCACAUGAUGCGCAGCGUGGAGUACAUCUUCAGGUCAAACCAGCGACAUCAGAAGUAUCAUCGAGCAUGACGCCAGGGACAUGCGUCAUGAAAAUCCCAAUUGAGUUAACAAUGUCCUACUUCAAUGCCAUAAACUACGAACCAGAACAACAGCAAACAGAAAAAGGAGAAAGAAAAACAACGUUCUUCUCUCAUGGAGUCGAAUUACCGAAACAACUCAUUGAGGCAAUCGGACCUGAGGAAACGACCACUUUCUUCUUAAUGGGUCAGUAUCUUCGUAGAGAAGAAGGAUUCUGGUAUCCGUAUAUACAAUCCCUUCCUGGGCCAGAGGAGUUGACAACUCCAUUGUUGUUUAAAGAGGAGGAUGGGGAUCUUGCGUGGUUGAAUAUGACGAGCCUUGCCGCCUCAAGAGAAAGAAGGUUGCAAAUCUGGAAGGUAAAUUAUGAGAAGGCAUAUUCGAUGAUGCAGGAUUUGGGGGUUGAAAAUGCCCGUCUUUAUACUUGGGAUCUAUACCUAUGGGCAUCAACAAUAAUCUCAUCACGCGCUUUUACCGCAAAAGUCCUUGCUAGCGUUAUCCCAAAACUGCAAACGGCAGAAGAAGGAGAUCGUAUUUCGGUUCUUCUGCCCUUGAUUGAUGCUACGAAUCACAAGCCACUGUCCAAAGUCGAAUGGCGAGCUGGGACUGAUAGUAUUGGUCUUGUGGUUAUGAGUGACCUUAGGGCUGGUGAUGAAGUAGGGAAUAAUUAUGGACCAAGGAAUAAUGAGCAAUUGAUGAUGAACUAUGGAUUCUGUAUACCCGAUAAUCCAUGCGAAUACCGCGUGGUCAGUCUCCGUGCACCACCAGACAGUCCCCUUGCCCAAAUCAAAGCUCAAUAUGAGCAACACUGCUCCAAAUCCGCCAAUAAACGAAACACGGUAGCUGAUCAAGAAGAUAAAUACUACGUCUUCUCCUUGUCCUACCCACUUAUCGACUCAUUCCAACCGUUGGAGUAUUCUAUCUUCUCGCCUGAUUUGCUGCGCGCUUUAUCAGUCAUUGUUGCGAAUGAUCGGGAAUUGGAGACGGUUACGAUUGAUGAAGACGGGUUUCAGGUGCCUUGGGCGCAGUAUGCAGGUUCUAGGAACCUGAUUGCAUCCUUGAAUCAGAUUGUUAUUGAGUUACUGUCUUAUAUUCGGAGACUUGAGGUCUCCGGGAGUCAGUUGGGGGACCCUAAGAACUUGAAGCAGGUUUUUUCCAAACAGUUUCGAGAGAGUCAUAUUGAUCUUUCGCGGACAGCUGUGUUUAUUGCUAACUGGACGCUUAUGUCCCGAAGGAUUUUGGAAGAGGGCAGUCAAGGGGAGCUUCUUGAUGGGUUGUUAUCUCGCGUUCCAGAACGGAUAUUCGACGCCGAAAAGAAGGUGCAUAUUAAAGAAAGGAUACUGAACAGGAAAAGUCUCCUUCCAGGCAGUCAGUCAGCUGAACUUUUCGGGUUCGGGGAUCUAUACCAACUCCUACCCAUGAGUUUACAGAGUAUUGCAAAGGAGUGCAUUGAUGGACUCAUUACCAGAGCUAAACAAGCAAUUGCGAUCGAUGAUGGUACUGGAUCAGGCUCAGGAGACACAGAAAAUGGACCACACGCAUUAUUCGCUUAUGCAGUCUUCAUCAAUCUCAUCGUUGCCGUCCACAGACAUACCCCAUCACAACUCCCCCCUCGUCUGAGAAUAUGGUGCAACUUCCUCAUGAAUACAUACCCGGCUCCACCAAACGACGUAUCCUGGACUCUUCCCGACGAGACCGACGAGACUAUAUUAUCUGCAUUUGAUUCAUUCAUCAAUGAUCACCUCCCCGGUAAUGUCUUGGGACCUCUCACGCCAUGGGUAGGUACGCCUGUCCCGGGCCAGGGAGAAAGGGAUGUCAGUGACUGGUGGCUUUCACCGAAUUGGUUACGCUGGGCUUGGUUAGUUUUGGAGCAGGAGAUGGUUAUGAAUGUCGUUGAUGAUCCGUUGGGGGAGAUGGUUGAUGGAAUGAGUGGGAUGAGGAUGAGGGGGGUUUUGUAUAUUCCGAGAGAGCAAUAUAACUAG